AUGGACAAAGCUUUGCUUGUUGUGCACAACGAGCUGCCGAAUGGUAUCAGAGUGUCCUACAUCUCCGAUCAUUGCUAUAAGUGCCUUUACCAGCCUUUGGUCAUCCUUAAAGAUGGCCACAGCGAUGCAUCAGUUACUGUGAGCACCCGCUUUAUCUUGACUCUGAGUGUGGAUACUGAAAAUGGAAAUAGCCCCCUCUGCAGGUGGAGUCAACUGUAUGGCGAAGCAGGACAGUAUUCAAUAUGGGUCCAGCAGUCAGAGCAUCCCAGCAACAUCACCUGUUUUCACGAAGUAGACAAGGAUCCAGUCAACAGCUACUUACCUCUCCUUGUGGCAGCAGUUGUCCUGAUCCUGGUAGCUGUUCUCUUUUUCUCCUGGCCCCAUUUCUACAGGUGGCAACGCACAUCAAAGCAUGUUAACAUCUUGUGCUGUAGAAGUCCCCAGUUUUCAGUGGAUUGUGUAAGUACUCAUUUUCAUCAGUCUGAGGAUGCAACUAACUGCAGUAGGGAGGCUAAAUCAUCACGGCUAAGAUCUUUGGACACAUUCAGAGGAUUUUCUCUGACUGUCAUGGUUUUUGUCAACUAUGGAGGAGGAGGGUACUGGUUCUUUCAGCAUGCUCCAUGGAACGGUCUCACAGUAGCUGAUUUUGUCAUGCCAUGGUUUGUGUUUAUAAUUGGGACGUCGGUGGUGCUGGCAUUCACCUCACUGCAGAGGAAGGGAGUGAGUCGUCUACAGCUUCUACGCAAGCUGACAUGGAGAAGCGUGGUCUUGAUUCUCAUCGGCUUCUGCUUCAUCAACUACAGCCCAAGGGAUGGGCUAUUGUCCUGGUCUUGGGCUCGGGUUCCAGGAGUUCUUCAGCGUCUUGGAUUUACGUACUUUUGUCUGGGCCUGAUGCAAAUGAUCACUGGUCUGAGAGAAAUACCCCUUCAACAACGAUGGUGGAUGCCACUGCAGGAUGUGUUCUUGUACUGGCCACAGUGGGUUUUCAUUCUCCUUUUGGAGACUCUGUGGCUGUGCCUGACUUUCCUGCUGCCUGUCCCCAACUGUCCCACUGGCUACUUGGGAGCAGGCGGAAUAGGAGAUGGUGGACUGUAUGCAAACUGCACAGGGGGUGCAGCCGGCUAUAUUGACAGGUGGUUGCUGGGUGACAACAUUUAUAGACACCCCACAUGUAAGGAGCUGUACCGCACCACCCAGCCCUUUGACCCUGAGGGAGUUCUGGGUACAAUCAAUUCCAUUGUAAUGGGAUUCACUGGAAUGCAGGCUGGGAAGAUCCUCCUCUUUUACCGUAGCAGGAAUUGCAGCAUCCUGAAACGUUUCCUGGUCUGGGCCAUCCUGCUGGGAGUCGGUGCAGCCAUCCUCUCUAAGUGCACGCGAGACCAAGGAUUUAUACCUGUCAAUAAAAACCUAUGGUCUCUCUCAUAUGUUUUCUGCAUGGGCUGUUCUUCCUUCCUACUGCUGGGUCUGAUGUACGUCAUCGUUGACAUCAAAGGCUGGUGGGGCGGCCAGCCUUUCAUAUUCCCAGGGAUGAACUCCAUCUUUGUGUAUGUGGGACACUCACUGCUGGGGGCCUAUUUUCCGUUCAGCUGGGAGAUGAAGUUUACAGAGAAUCACUGGGAACCCCUCUUCCAAAGUCUUUGGGGUACCACUUUGUGGAUCUGCAUUGCCUAUCUGCUGUACAGGAAGAGCUUUUUUCUCAAAAUCUGA